AGCCUUCGCUAGGGAAAAAGAUCACGCGGCUACUAGAAAUCCUGAUCCUUCCCCGUCUCCCAGCAAAUUCUCUGUCAUCUCCAUCUUCUCCCAUCGCCGCCGUGUGCAAAUCACGUCGUAUUCGUUGCUUCUCGAUCCCCCGAACUCUGUUGAAAGUAGAUGUUGAUCUGGUUCUUGGGAGAAGAAAAGCGAAGAAAUGCAAAAAGCCAAUAAAGUUGCAGUAAUUUUGUUAAUAUUUUUCGCUGGAUGUUGCCUUCAUGCUAGAGGUGAAGAGGCUUUCGAUGUUCGGAAACAUCUAUCUACUGUAUCAAGAUAUGGUGUUGUGAAGGAUAUCUUAUCAGAAGACUCGAUUAUAGCUCCGGAGAUUCCCAAUCAAUGCACCCCUAUACACAUAAACCUCGUGGCAAGGCAUGGCACUCGUGCUCCAACAAAGAAAAAGAUAAUGGAGUUAGAUGGCUUAGCAGACCACUUAGAAGUCCUCGUGAAAAAUGCAAAAGAAAAAAGGACAUCUUUAGAGAAAGUUCCUGGUUGGAUGCGUGUAUGGAAAUCUCCAUGGAAGGGAAAGCGUACAGGUGGAGAGCUUAUCGCUGAAGGAGAAGAUGAACUAUAUAAUCUUGGGGUAAGAAUCAGAGAGUAUCUUCCAGACCUCUUUAACGAGGAAUAUCAUCCUGAUGUUUAUACAAUCAAGGCAUCACAGGUACCUCGGGCAUCAGCUAGUGCUGUGGCCUUUGGCAUGGGUCUCUUUAGUUCGAGAGGCAAGCUUGGGCCAGGCAAGAAUCGAGCAUUUGCAGUUAUCAGUGAAAGCCGUGCGAGUGAUAUAGUUCUCAGAUUUCAUGAUUGUUGCCGAAGCUACAAGGGAUUCAGAAAAAGUCGACAACCCACUCUUGACAAGCUCAAGGAGCCCGUCUUGAAUGAAAUUACUCAGGAAUUUAUAAAAAAAUAUGGGCUUAAUUUUACUCUGCAAGAUAUAUCUUCUUUAUGGUUUCUCUGUAAGCAGGAAGCGUCCUUAUUAAACAUCACUGGUCAAGCUUGUAGUCUUUUCAGUCCAUCUGAGGUUUCUCUCAUGGAGUGGACUGACGACUUGGAACUAUUCAUAAUUAAAGGCUAUGGUAAUUCAUUGAACUACAGAAUGGGAGUGCCGUUGCUUGAAGAUGUGGUUCAAUCUAUGGAACAAGCAAUCAAGGCUAAAGAAGAAGGACAUGCUCCUGGAAGUUAUGAAAAGGCAAGGCUACGUUUUGCUCAUGCAGAAACCUUGCUUCCCUUUUCAUGUUUGAUAGGACUCUUUCUUGAAGAAUCUGAGUUCGAACGAAUUCAAAGAGAAGAAGCAUUGCAACUUCCUGCCAAGCCUCCCCAGAAGAGAAACUGGCGGGGAAGUGUAGUUGCACCGUUUGCAGGAAAUAACAUGCUAGUACUGUAUAGCUGCUCCACACCACAGGAGUCAAACAAGUACUAUGUACAUGUGUUGCAUAAUGAACAUCCCAUUCCGAUGCCAGGCUGCAAUGGAUCAGCUUUUUGCCCUUUUGAAGUAUUUAAGAACCGAAUAGCUGCUUCACACUUGAAACAUGACUACAAUGCCCUUUGCAAUGCAAUCCCCAGUGCUGAGGCUCCAAGUGUGUGGUCAAGAGUUUUUGGAUGGCUUUUCUCACCAAGUAACACUGCCACGCCAACCCCGAAGGUUGAACUAUAGAUUCUUUUUUGAAGCAUAGGUAGUUUGUUACCUUGCCACAUCUCUUUUCAUAUGCUCUUUAUAUUUUCUUCUUGGCCUAAUUUUAAAAAAGUACUGUGUUUGCUCAAAAUGUCAAUUUAGUCUUGAUUUGGGCACUUGACUGCUCAUUCUGGUCUAAAGAGAACUUGCAUGAAGCUGAUGUGGCAGCGACAAACAGCCAAAAGUUUAUUGGAAAAUUGAUUCAAAUGCGCUCCACUAUUGGAUGUAUGAUUUCAGCACCCCUAAACUUCAAUGUGUGAAGUGAAUACCUUGAACUAUAUAUUAUAGUAUUUCAACUGUGCACUUAGCUCCCUAAGUACGUUUUGUUGCGAAAAAAAUGUCUCCUGUCCAUGAUGCUAAAGUGGGGCCCAUGACAUGGAAGUUCAUGAUUUUCAUUUCACCCAUUGAGGUUUCGGGUUCUAACUUCACACAUCGUCAUAGUAUGCAGUAUUUUGAAUUAUUUUUCCUGAAAUUUAUUUAAAUAGAUUAUUGCUACAAUGCUACAUUGCCCCUCAUGGUUAUACUGUGAUGUACAUACCCAUAAAAUCAUCACUCCGUAACAUAACGUACCUAUUUAAAUAUAUAUGAGUAAUUUCACAAUGUAGGUGUACGAUGACCCAUGAAGGCUUUUUGUCAUUUUUCAUUUAAUAAUUCAGGGUUUACUAGAAAUUGCUUCAUAAAUCAUUUGGCACUCGUGUCAAUGUCACUGCUAAAUUGAAACUUUGUAAUGUUUAAGAAAGAACCAGAAUUUUGCUUUUUUAAGUUUUGCUUUCAAAAUCUCAGAAUUUUGAAAGUUUGUAAUCUCACUUUUGCCUUGACUUUUUUAAGCUUAAUUUCAGUGGGUGACCAAUAGCUGACCUGAUCCGAGGAAGUCUUAUUUCGACUGGUGGGUGAUCUUAUUUUGAAAGUGCAAAACUAUGGAGGAUUAGAAACUACUAACUACUCUGUUAUGCUGGGAUACAUAAUCAUAUUUUAUGGUCAUAAUAACUUUUGUUAAAGCUGAAUGAAAUUAAAUUAUGAUCCUCCUUUUUAUCUCUUGAGAUCCCUUUAGCAGUUGGAGAUCUUGCUGUCUUAUAUCAUAACAUCAAUUUUAGUUCGUCUCUUUUUGUUGGGAAAAUGCACGUGCUUUUGGUUCAGUUGCACACGAUUAGUACGAAGACAUGUAUUAUUAAGAUAUAUAGAGUGAAUGACUGUAGUAAUAUGACGGUAGUAUCUUUUUAUGAGUUAUAAUUAUUCCUUUCUCGUUAGAGAGACCGG